AUGAAGUUUGUGCUUUAAAAUACUUUAUCGCUUGUAUCAAGGUAUUAAAUACGAGAGGUUCAUAUAUUUAGUAAAUUCUCCUUAUAACCAUAAAGCAAAACUAUGCACACUUCUCAAAUGAAUGUGAAUGCUACUGCACUGCUUGGUCAGAUAAUUGUACUCACAAAAAAGACUGCUGUUAGCAGCACACAGGCUGUUAGUGUAGUAUUGGUUUAAUCUCUAAAGAAGACCUUGAGCUCACAGUUGUGUUCAUUAUAGCCAACUAAAUUAAGAUAGUUGCUUAAUCGAUAUUAUUAUCUAGAUAUGAGAGAAGUGCAAAUUAGGGUUAAGGCUCUGACACCCUGA